CUAAAAAUAGGUGCCAAGUGCCAUGUUGUGCAUACAGGGCUAAAAUAAAAUCAGCUGUCCCCAUCGGCUUGCUUUAGAGAAGGGAGAGGUGCGCAUUUCAGUGGAGCUGGUCUCCACUAGAAGGCAUUUUCAGGGGACUGGGAACUUUGUCUCGCGAAGAAAACCAAGGGGAAAGUCUGCGUGGCCAGGACUAUAAGGAUCGCUCCCUCGCAGAGAGGCUGCAGUUUUCUAAUUGGCGCUGGUGCACUCUGAACACUAGGAAAACUUCCACUGGAGGUAAGAAGUCUGCAAGUGAACUUUCCGAAAGGACUAACCAGAGCAACAAGGUGCCCCUGGAUUUCCAGCAGGUUGUCCCUCUGAAGGAAAGGAUGGCUUUGUACCAGGCAGCUGUGUCCAAAGUAGAGAUCAGCAACUCCUCUGCUAAUGCUCUGGAAGAAUCAGAGGCUUGCAGGAUACCCGGCGGCUUAGCAAGUGUGAAGCAUCAAUUUGAAAAAGGAGUAUCCACCUCAUCACAGAAUACUCAGUACCAGUAUCAGCAUAAAUCUGUACAGAAAGUGACAACUCAGAGUCAAGCCAAGGUGUCAAGCAGUAGCACAGAAACCAGAGUAGAUGAAGCAACUUCAAGAGCAACUCAGCUGGAAGCCUUUCAGUCAGAAAAGGUUUCUCAUCAUGAACAAACUUCCCUUGAGGCUAGGAAGGCCUCUAAUGUCACUCAAAGCAUUGAUGGAAAAGUGGUCCAGACGGCCAAGAAUGAAGAGAUUCCGGUGAUUUCUACGCAAUCCUUGAAGCAGCAGUUUGAAAAAACAACACAGGGAAAGCUGUUUCAUUCUGACCAGGAGAGUGGAACACCUGCAAAGCAGAUCAAGCUUGAAAAUGCAUACCAAGACAUGAACUGGUCUUCUGCAGUCUUUUCCUCCUCUGCCGAAUCUGCUUCUUCCAGUAGACAACAGGAAGUGUAUAUGGCAAAGAAAACGGAAUAUGUACCUGCUGGUUCUGCUGCAGCCUAUGGCAACCGUUCUAAGUGUGGGAGUAUGGAGGAAUGUCCUCCCCUGCCACCACCAGACUUAUUGCAGGCUCCAUCUGAAUUGACAGGGUUUUCCCAGUCCCCUGAACCCUCUCCCUCUCCAUCAAGGCAACCUCUCCCCAAAGAUUUGUAUUCUAAGCAAAGAAAUCUUUAUGAAUUAAAGCGUUUGUACAAGCACAUUCACCCAGAAUUGAGGAAAAAUUUAGAAAAAGAUUACUACAAUGAUGUUUCUGAGAUAGUCUCUAGUAGUGACACUGAAAUAGGUAGCUCAGUAGCAGGAGAUGUACGUCAGGUUAGGUAUGUCUUUGAAAAUGCAGACAACAGCCCACAAAAAUGCAUGAGCCCAGAAAGAGAGUAUUUGGAAUGGGAUGAAAUCCUCAAGGGAGAGGUCCAGUCUAUGAGGUGGAUCUUUGAGAAUCAGCCUCUGGAUUCAAUCAAAGAUGAAUCCCCUGACCCAAAUGAUACUAAAAGCAUUGCAGAUCAAGAAAUCAUUGCCGGUGGAGAUGUGAAGUACACGACUUGGAUGUUUGAAACACAGCCCAUGGAUGCAUUGGGUACACAUUCUCCAGGCAACAUGGAAGGAGGAGACAAAAUUCCAGAUCUGGCUCGAGGAGAUGUCCGCACAGCUACUUGGAUGUUCGAAACUCAGCCACUGGACUCAAUGAAUAAAAUUCACUGUGAGAAAGACCAAGAAUCCAGUGAGACUUUAAUCAAGGAAAUCACUGGUGGAGACGUCAAAACAGUGAGGUACAUGUUUGAAACCCAGCAACUGGAUAGUCUUGGACAGCUUUACUCAGUGGAUGAAGCUAAGUUGCUGCAGCUCAGAUCUGAACUAAAGGAGAUUAAAGGGGAUGUGAAAAGAUGCAUACGGCAUUUUGAAACUCUACCAAUGUAUGUCAUUAGAAAUAAUUUAGGCCAAAUGCUGGAGAUUAAAACAGUCCACAGAGAGGAUCUUGAGAGAGGAGAUGUCAGGACAGUACGCUGGAUGUUUGAAACUCAACCUCUAGACACAAUAAACAAAGACUCUCUGGAAAUAAAACUUGUUCGAGGAAUCUCUAUGGAAGAAAACAUCAAAGGAGAAGUGGGCAGAGCAAAAUGGUUAUUUGAAACCCAGCCAUUGGAUACUAUUAAAGAGGACUCUGCAGAAUCUGUUGUAGAAAAAGAAGUCAUUCUGGGCACUGAUGUUGGCAGAAAAUGUUGGCUUUUUGAGACUCAGCCUCUGGAUGCCCUAAAAGAAAGUGAAGAUACAGAUCUUUUACCCACAGAAGAAAUAAUAGGAGGGGAUGUAAAUGCCGCUAAACAUUUAUUUGAAACAUUGCCAAUGGAUAUGCUAAAAGACAGCCCAGAUGUUGGAAAGCUUCAAAAAAUGGUUGCCACCGAUGAAGAAAAAGGGGAUGUGAGGCAUCAGAAAUUAAUUUUUGAAACUCAGCCUCUGGAACAGAUCAGAGAGGAAAGAAAAGAAUUCAUUAGGACUGUGAAACUUGAGGAAAUUGACAGGGGGGAUGUGCGCAGCUGUAAACAUGCAUUUGAAACAUGCUGUUUAAGUAAACAUGAUGACUCUCAUAAAAUUCUCAUUGAAGGUGUAACGAGAGGUGCAGUCAAAUUAAAUAAAGCUGUUUUUGAGACAACUCCAUUGUAUGCAAUCCAGGAUAGCCUUGGGAAGUACCAUGAAGUUAAAACAAUUCGACAAGAAGAGGUUGUAAGAGGCAAUGUCAGAAACUGCAGGUGGCUCUUUGAAACGAGGCCCAUUGACCAAUUUGACAAGAGUAUUGAAAAAAUCGAAAUUAUCAAAGGGAUAUCUUCGCAAGAAGUACAAUCAGGCAAUGUGAAAACAGCCAAAUGGCUAUUUGAAACUCAGCCUCUUGACUCUAUUAAAUAUUUCAAUAACGUGGAAGAUGAAGAAAGCAAGGAACAGGACGAGACAACGGAGAUUGUCAAAGGGGAUGUAAAAACAUGCAGGUGGCUAUUUGAAACUCAGCCAAUGGAAUCCCUGUAUGACAAAGAGGAGGCUGUGACAGAUGCUGAAGAGAUACGGAAAGGAGACGUCAAAUCCUGUACCCUGCUUUUUGAAACCCGGCCUCUUGAUGCAAUAGGGGAAGAAUCAGAAGCAUCUAUAAAACAACAUACAGUGGACCAGGAAGACAUUCUGGGCAGUGACGUCCGUACAGCGUGUUUCAUUUUUGAGACUGAAAAGCUAGAAAAUAUACAAGGAGAAGAAGACAAAGAACUGAACCGAAUUGUGGAAAUUGAUAUUCAGCCUGGAGAUGUCUCAACAAUGAAAUAUAAAUUUGAGAACCAAUCCUUAGACUCAAUAAAUUCCAGCUCAGAGGAAGUCUUGAACAAAAUUAAAACCAUACAAAGAGAAGAUAUACAGAAGGGGGAUGUUUUGCACUGUUGCUGGCUUUUUGAGAAUCAGUCCCUGGAUGAGUUGACCGAGCACCAUGGAGACAGGACCUCCAUGAAAACUGUAACAGACAUUCAGGGUGGAAAUGUGAGAAAGGGCUGCUUUAUCUUUGAAACAUUUUCUUUGGACCAGAUUAAAGAGGAAUCUUCUGUAGAUGCAGAAAGCACCAAGAGAACUAUUAGUGAAGAAGAAAUAACAAAAGGGGAUGUGAAAACCUACAGAAUGCUCUUUGAGACCCAGCCACUCUAUGCAAUCCAAGACAAAGAAGGGUAUUAUCACGAAGUGACUACUGUUAAGAAAGAAGAAGUGAUUCAUGGAGAUGUACGUGGAACACGGUGGCUGUUUGAAACUAAGCCUCUAGAAUCAAUAAACAAAUCAGAUAAUGUAUAUGUUAUAAAAUCAGUCACCCAGGAAGAUAUUCAGAAAGGAGAUGUUAGCUCAGUCAGAUACCGAUUUGAAACACAACCACUGGACACCAUUUCAGAUGAGGAAAAAAUCAUUGUUCCAACAGUUGACAGUGUACAGGGCGGUGAUGUAAAAGCCAACAAGAAAUUAUUUGAAUCUGAAGAAACCCAAGGAGGCAGGUAUGUAAGAACCGUGAGUGUCAGUGAACUACAGCAAGGCAAUGUUAGAACAUCCACAUGGUUGUUUGAAACACAUACCAUUGAUGAAAUUAGAGGAGAGGGGUCAGAGUAUGAAGGUAUCAAGACAGUAACAAAGGAAGAUGUGCCAAAAGGUGAUGUUCAGAAUGCAGUCUGGCUUUUUGAAAACCAGCCCCUGGACUCCAUUAAGGAAACUGAUGAAAGUGGUACAAAACUAGAGAAAGAAAAGAUUCCACCGGCAGAUGUAAAGACCACGACGUGGCUUUUUGAAACAACUCCUUUCCAUGAAUUCAGUGAAAGUAAGGUUGAGAAGGAAGAAAUCAUAGGGAAAAGUGUGAAAGAAACUUUAAAGGAACUUUACAGUCAUAGAGUUGUAGAAUCUCAUGGAAUUAUUUUGGAGGCAGAUGAAAUCGGAGAUGUCCGAAUGGCAAAGUAUAAGCUGAUGAAUCAGGAGCCUCCUGAAAUACAAAAAGAAGAGAUUAUUAGAGGGGAUCUAGCCAAUAUCAUGCUGAACUUGUUGUCCAAACCAAGCACUGUUGAAAGGGAAAUAAAAGUAAAUGAAGAUGAAAAGGGCAAUGUGAAUUUGACCAAACAGCAAUUGUUGAACAGAUCAACAGACGUACACGUUGAAAAGGAAGAGGUGGUGAAAGGUGAUAUACAGCUAGCAAUAAACAACCUGCUUAAGAAGGAUAGCUCUGCAACGCAUGGAAUUUUAAUUCAGGAAAAUGAGAGAGGUGAUAUUAACAUGACAGUCUAUUCUCUCUUUCACAAAGAGCAGAACAAUAAAAUUGAGCAGGAUGAUGUUAUAGGUGGUGAUGUGAAGCGUACAAUUCACAGCCUUCUCUCCUCUGUGAUGAAUAAUGCAAUACCAGUCAGACCUAAAAUAGAUGAUUCAGAAAGGGGCAAUGUUCAGUUCUUUACAACAUGCAUAGAAGCUGGGGCUCUGGAUUAUUUGAAACAGCUCCAGACAGGGACAAAUGAAACAUUAGCAAGAAGGAAUCGAGAAGAGGAGGAGGAAAUAAUUGGGGGCGAUGUGGAAGGCACAAAACUGUUACUUAAGAAAAAGAAGUCUCAAAUUCACCGGACAGUUAAUGAAACUGACAUCAUCCCUGGGGACGUGUGUAAUGCAGUUAAGAUCUUUAUGACUGAGCCGCAAAAUACAUCUUGUCAUGUAUGCAAAGAAGAAAUUAUAAAGGGUGAUUUGAAGGCAGCUCUAUAUUCCCUCAGUCAGGCCAUAAAUCAAACAACUGUUACAGAGAAAGAAGAAAUUAUAAAAGCUGACAUCCUUGCAAUCCUGAGGUCUCUUCAAGAAUCUGCUCAUCACCUGAAAGAAACAGAAAAACCUGAUGUUAUCCCUGGUGAUAUUAAGCAGGCUAUUGAGUCUCUGGAGAAAGCAAUCCACUCAAAAGAUAAAGUCCUGAGAGAAGGUGUGGUUCGAGAUGACCUUGACUCCACACUGAAGUUGCUACAAGCAGCUCAGCAGUCUUUCAAGACAGUCAGUAGAGAAGAAAUCACCAGAGAAGGGAGCUUACUGGAAGCUUCUGCAAAAAGAGAAGCAGUACAGCACCAAGCAGGCACCCAGAGAGAUCAGGAGAAAACCAACAAGAUGCACUUCAGGCCAACUCAAACACUAGCCAAGAAUGAAGUUAAUGCGACUGAACAUUUACAAAAUAGUAUUGCAAAUCAUCAGGAACAUCUUGGAGGGAUGCAGUUUGAAAAGAAGAACAUCACUGCUGAAGAGACCAGAGCAAUCCGUCUGGAUCAGAGGCAGAGCACCAAGGCACAUGAGGCAGAUAAGAGAAAUAUGAGGCAUUCAUCGAAUUCCCAGGGCGAGAUCUUUGGAAAAGCAGAAAGGUCUGUGGAUGAAGUCAGAUUCCAGAACUUUGCCAAGAGAGAAGCAAAGAGUCAUACUGACCAAUAUGUGAGUGAUCAAUCUGCUGCUGUUUGUAGGAAUGUUCAGAAGAAAGAGGCAAGCAAAAUACUGAGGAAAGACAGUCUAUCUAGUGUUGAACAGUCUGCAAAACAAACUACUGGAAAGAAGCAAAUUGUGUUUCAGGAAUCUAAAGAAGAAUAUUUGGGCAUGAAGCAUCAGGGGGAAUUGAAAGAAAAAUCAACCCUAUCCACGUACGAUCGCAAUUCCCAUCGCAGAGGAGCAGAGCAACUGGUCAACAGGUCAGCUGGCAUGAUUUCCAAAGCAGCUGGUCAUUUUCAAACACUGGAGGUACAGCAAGAUAAAAAACAGUCUCAGCAUCCCAAGGAGGUUUGCAAAGAAAUGAAAAAUAAUGUUAAGGCAAGCCAAUGUAAGGUUUCCAUGGCAUCGGAACAGAAUAUAAAAACUAAUCAAAAAGUCAGCGUCACACAAGAAAUGUACAGUCAGUUUAAAGAAGCUGAAAAGAAGCAAAAGUGUAGCAUUGUCCAGCAAAAUGAGAAAUCCAUGUUGCGCUUCAGAGGAAAGGCUACAGGGGACACCGCUAAGCCAAACCCCAUGAAUCCAGCCAAAAACCCUAGGGGUGCAGGCAGGCCAGAAAUUGAUUCGCCACCCCCUCCUCCUCCUCCUCCACCACCACCACCAGCUUUAGACGUUUCCCCUGACAAUGACUUGCCUCUGCCACCGCCACCGCCUCCUCUCACUCACCUAAUGCUGGCUUCUGACAUCCAAGAGUUUCCUUCCCCUCCACCACCAAUAGGACAGGCCAAAAUGGAGUUAGAGCAUUUCCCUCCGCCCCCACCCCCACCAGAAGACAAAGAUGAGCAUGGAUUUGCAGCUACUUGGAUCCCACUGCCUCCUUCUCAGCCCAAACAGAGGAAAGAACCUUUUCUCAAAGAAUUAGAGAAAGUUUUGCAACCAUCCCUUCAUCCUCAUGUCGGCACUAAACUGGGCAGGGCACCAUAUCUCAAGAAACAUCCGCAGGUUGACUCUGAAAAAGAGUUAGAAGCCAUCCAGCCAAAUAGAGGACAGAAGAUCCAACCAAGUAUUGUUCAGAUGCAGCAAGUGAACAAUAUGGGAAAAACUGUGGAGCAGAGAACAGAGAACACCAUGAUGCAGAACACGGUUAGCUAUGAAAAGAAAAAGGAUCAGGUCUGCACAAAAAUGGAAGAAAGUAGAAGGUCCUCAUCAGUUAUGGAAGCUGUCAACCCAGAUACGGCACCAAUAAAGAAAACAAGCGCAUCUCCACUUAUUAGGUCACCUUCCCUUCCAGCAGAAUCCACACAAAUGAAGCCUAAGCCAUAUGCACGGAAAUUUAAAACCCCUUUAAUGAUUGCAGAGGAAAAAUUCAGGCAGCAAAGGGAAGAGCUGGAGCAAAAGCAAGCCAAGGAUGUCCAUCACCUGUUGACGAGAAGAAACAGUGAGACAGGGGGAAGUUCCCUCCAGGCAGCUUCAGAGAACCUGCCAGUCCUAAAACCAGGUGAACAACUUCCCACCCCCCUGCAAGGCCCAUCACCUCCUGAAGCUCCAGGUAUGUCCUCCGAGCCUGAAUGUCAGGUGAAGCCACACGUUGUGGGAUUGCAGAGCGAUAAACACCCACCUACGCCCAACACAGUGAUGCCUGCACCAUCCCCAAACACUUUUACAAUCUCUGCAGAAGAGCACAUUAGGAAAAAAGCUGUCCAUGAUUCACGCAAUCUUAAAAAGCACUCCAUUUCUUCUCAGAAGGUAGAGACCCAGAAAGAACAUAUAUACAAUAAAGAGCAGCACCAAAAUGAGGAGCAUUUGUUUUUGUCAAAAAAUAAAACCGCAUCCCCUACUUUCAAAGUUAAAACCAUCAAGCUUCCUGCUUUAGAUCAAAGCAUACAUGAAACCCACAAGGAUUCUGUGACACACAAAAAGCAAGAGGCAAUUAGCAUCCAGAAUAUUGUGAAGCAACACGAUCAAGAAAAGCAGAAGGAAAUUAUAAACAAUUCUGCUAGAAAAAAGCCAAGCACUAUAAAGGCAAAUAAUUGCAUGAAUGUUGGUGAGAAAAUGCACAUGGAAAAAACAUUUUUAAAACACACAGAAGGCAAGCAAGAAGUAAAUGACACAGAAUCCAGUGAAGUGAAGCAAAGGUUAGUUCAAAGGAAGGAAAUGGAGAAAGAAGAAAUGAAGCAAGAAAGGGCUGCUUUGGCUAUGAAACAACAGCACAGGCAGGUAAUUGCUUGCCCUAAAGUAGAGAAGGUAAUAAUACAAAGAAAACAAGAAGAGGUUGGCAAUAAAUCAGAGAAAAUGGUCAAGCAAAAGAUAAUUGACAUACAUCACGAGUCACAGACUUUGACUUCUGAACAAGAGAAGAAUCUUAUUUCAGAGACAAACAUCAAAAACAAAAGACUGUCCCAACAAAGCAGUACUCUGCAGGGAGGAGAAUGUGCAAGGGAACAGAUAACGCAACAGAAAAAGGGCUUUCUUAAGACAACGGAGACCAAACAAGAGCUCACACCAAAAAAUAAAUUAUCACCUGGUUCACUGAGGGGAUUGCCAAAGAAUGAUAAAAAAAGCUCUCCAGACAUCUUGGUUUUCUUGCGGAAACGUGAGGAGGUACAGCAGGUAUUGUCCAGGCUGAAAGAGUUUGAAACGGAGCCAAAUAAAAAUGGAAUCAAGACAUUUCAGAUGUUCCUCAAUAUUAUUCCAGACUGGCUGAUAGAACAAGAAAAGAAGCAAAGCUUAGCUUACAUUGCCCAGGACAAUAAUGUAGAAAAGAUGAAAGAAGAAUUAUCAGCUAUUAAAGAGCAAGCAUCAAAAAUACUGGAAUCAUGUGAAGAUGCCAUCCAGACAGUCAUGAUUUCCACAAAGCCCCUGAAAUCUGGAAAAGACUCUCUUAAAGUUGGAGGAUCCUCCCAGAAAAUAGCUAAAAUAAGCAUUGGCUCUAGCAGGAGAGAUUCACAGAAGACGAAAGAGAUUAUCAAAGGCACGAUGGCACAUCAAGAAAUAAAGCAGCAUGUGAGAGCACACAGUUGCUCAGAAAUCAAAACUUCACCAUCCUUAAGAAUGCGAGCACCCUCACCAACUUACAUUACCAUUGAGUCGAGGCGCAUCGAAUCCCCUUUCAGGGACAUCUCAUCGCCUGUCCAAAGGGAAAGCACUCCCGUUCCUCCAUCACCCCCUCCCCAGCCUGCCACCCCGACAUUGAAGCUACAGCGGCCAGCUGUGAGCCCCUCUCCAUCCCCUCCAAGGAGCCGUUCCGAGCAACUUGCCAAACUUAAAGACACUACAGUAAAACUGUCCCAAGGAGCAACACAAAAUCGAUCGGUAACCCCAAUAGCUAUUGUGGAAAAGAGGUCAGAAAUCGUUAAGUCUCCUGCGACUCUUCGUCGACAAAUCAAGAUUGAAACACGGCAAUCUGAUGUUUCAUCUUCAAAAAUGUCAGCUGUAAAUGAAUCACAUGGAACUGCUGGGACAGCGAAGCAGAUGAAAGAAACCCACGAGGAAUCCGAAGCAAGCAAAAUGUAUCUCUCCAAAAAGAGAGGAAAUAUUCCAGAAGGCUUCGAGCCAUGUGGACAGAAAUUAGACCCUAUUUCCAUUACUCAGACAUUUGAGGUUCGUAAGGCUAAUCCUAAAGGGCUAGUGCAUAGGUUUGAAACAUCUGAGCAGACGAUUCACAUAAGGAGGGAACCAGAUGUUCCUGAAAGAUUGGGCAAUGAGAAUAAGGAUAAAACAGAUUUAAUGGCAGGGGCAUUUAAUGAUAAGCAAACAGCAGAGGCAAAAUCCAAGAAAGGGUAUGUUGAAAAUGGUGUUAUUAGUGGCAAAAAAAGGGAAGGAAGGCACAGGGUCAGAAAGGAUGAAUUUGGUAAAAUUUCUCAAGAGAGUGAAGAGCAAAAAGACUUCCAAAAGUCUCCAGGCAAGUGGCAAAGAGAACCGCAGCAAAAGCAAUGUGCUCUUAAAGAGCAUUCACUCGAGCCCAUGGUGUGCUUUGAUGCAACUUCUCGCAGCACAUGCGCUUCCGGCCUGGACUCCUUUGAGAACACCGUGGUUGAAUCAAGAACCAGCACCUCCACGUCACAAGGUGUGGAUGGGAUGCAGUCAGGAGGAUUUGGCUUCAAACGGGCUCCGCCUACGUAUGAGGAUGUGAUCUCAGGGCACAUCUUGGAUAUUUCUGCUGCUGAUACACCAGAAGAACUGCUGAGGAAUUUCCACAAGACUUGGCAAGAAAGUGAGAGAGUGUUUAAAAGUCUUGGCUACACCAUGUCAGAAGCUGCUGAGGCAGAAGUGAGAAGCAGCUUCCACGAGGAGGCAGAGUUUAUAAGUGAAACUGCAACUUCAGGGAAAGGAAACAUGCCUACUUUGUCAAAAGAGAGUUUAUCCAAUGGAGUCCUUGGUUGCAGACAAGCAGACUUUUCAUAAAUCGUGUUUCCGAUGUCACCACUGUGAUAGUAAAUUAAGCUUGGGAAAUUAUGCUUCUCUCCAUGGAAAAAUAUACUGCAAACCCCAUUUUAAGCAACUUUUCAAAUCCAAAGGAAAUUAUGACGAAGGUUUUGGACACAAGCAACACAAAGAAUUAUGGAUUACCAAAUAUCAAAAAGGUCCCAUUGGCUCAGUUCCUGCUAAAGAAGUUAAUCUGUCUGCAUCAAAA